AAGAAAAGAAAAAAGAACAGAAAUAGUCCCUACUAAUAGGGCCGAACUAUGUUUCUGGCCAAGUUGUUUCCCGGCAAACUGAACUGAAAAAUCCAUGGCGGACUGGUCUCUACUCCCUAAAGAACUCCUGGAGGACAUCGCCAAACGCCUCGGCAGCUCAUUCUAUCUCCUCCGUUUCCGAUCCGUCUGCUCAUCCUGGCGAUCAUCAAUCCCUUCCCGACCUCGCCGCUUACCCGGCCGAUUCCCCUUCCUCACAAACUACGGCAUCUCCGACUCCGCCCUCGGUUUCCACCUCUCGAAACGCACCGUUUUCCUCAUCGGACCUCCCGAAAGCCCGGAUCGGUGGCUGGUCAAGAUCGAAGAGGACGUGCCCGGCCGCAUGCACUUGCUGAAUCCCCUCUCGCGGUUACCGCUGAGUCCUCUGCCGGAGGCUUUCCCAAAGGUACUGGAUUUAUCGAGGUUUUGGAUUUUCGAUUUGGGGGAGGAGUAUGUUCUUCAUUGUGUGAAUUUUAGGCCUUUGGUUAAUGCUCUGGGCGGUGCUGCUAAUUUGUACAUGGAAAAGGUGGUGUUUAUGUGUUUGGGGGAUGAAAGCAGUGAUUUUGUGUUGCUUACGAUCCAUGUGUCUGGGAGAUUGGCAAUGUUUAAGUCUGUGGACAAGAAGUGGACUAUAAUUCAUGAUAUGCCGUCGCCUUAUGAUGAUGUUAUGUUGUUUAAGGGCCAGUUUUAUGCUGUUGACGGCACAGGAAGGACUGUGGUGGUUGGCUUGGACUCGAACAAUCCGAGUCUGGCUGCCAAUCCGGUGUAUGGUGGUGACAAGAAGUUUUUGGUGGAGUCGAGGGGGGAGUUGUUGGUGGUGGAUAUGUACUUGAGCACGGAUCAGGAGGUGGAUUGGGACGACGAUGAUGAAGUGUCUCAAGUGCAAUUGGAUGGGUGCAUUUACGAGAGGACGGUGAAGUUUAAGGUUUAUAAGAUGGAUGAAGCAGCGCAGAAGUUGGUGCAGAUGAAAAGCUUGGGGGAUAGGGUGUUGUUUUUGGGGGAUGACUGCACAUUUUCUGCCUCGGCUUCGGAGUUGUCCGGUUGUAAAGGGAAUUGUAUAUAUUUUACGGAUAAUUUCUUCUAUACAAGUGGUGAAGAAGAAGGGACGUUCAAGGGUCGUGAUAUAGGUGUGUUUGACUUGGAUAAUGGUACUAUUGCCCCCUUAUCUGAUUAUCCAGAGUCUUCAAAGCUGUUUUGGCCACCCCCUGUGUGGCUUUCAUCGACAACAUCCCAGCAGGUGCAAACCGAGUUUGAAGGACUAGCUUUGUGAAGUCGCGAUGGAAUUGUGGUUGCCUAUGGUAAAUCAAGUGCAAGGGGAAGAUGCACAAUUCACAAUGUGGCUUGAAAGAACAAACCUUGCCCACUGUCAGGAACUAGUACAUCUCAUUGCAGCUAGUUCAGGUGACUUAGCCAGCCAGCCAGCCAUUUGCAAUCAUUCGAGUCAAUCAAGGGUUCCUUGAACACGAGAAGCUUUUUGAGCUGAUGACACCCUAGUUUCUUUCUUUUUAGAUUCCUUCUAGUUAAAAAUAAAAUAAAAAUUUGGCAGCAAUAAUGUGUUAUGUAUUUAUUUCAUUUUGCUUGUAAAUAAAUGAAUAAAUUGCCAGACUGUUGUACCACCAUCUUAAUUAAGUAAUUAUCGUCCUUCUAAUG